AGCUGGGCUCCGCGGCGAGGCCAUGGCGCCCCCCACGGCGCCGCCCAGCAGCACGGUGGGCCGGGCCUCCCAUAAUGCUGCCACCGAGGAUUCAGAGGAGGGGGACGCUGCCAUGAUAGCCAAAGAAUCCCGCCGACCCCGAGAUGAAGGCGGAGAGCGAUGCAGAAUCUUCUCCUUCGAAGCCGUCGACUGGCACCGUAGCGCUGGGGGUCGCCCUAUACGCGGCGUGUUCCUCGACGCUGCUUGUCAUCAACAAGGUGACGAUGGCUUACCUUCCCGACGCGGCGUUCGUACUGUUCUGCCAAUUCGUCUCCUCAGCGCUUGCCGUGCGGCUGCUGAGGUGCGCGCGUCCGUCCGCAGACAUCGAGCUCCUUUCAUGGGAGAAGUCGAAGAAAUUUGUGUUCGCCACGUUGGUGUUCUACGCGUGUUUGUUGUCGAACACGCAGGCGCUACAGUACGUCAACGUUGAGACGGUGAUCGUGGCUCGCUCGUGCUCUCCCAUAGCGGUGGCGCUGCUCGACCACGUGGCUCUCGGACGCGAUCUGCCGAAUCUGAGGGGUGCCCUGGCUCUGGUCUCCAUUGCAGGCGGGGCCUUCAUUUAUGUGUUGGUGGACCAGGGUUUCAAGAUCAAGGGUUACUCCUGGCUAGCACUGUACUUUGUCUUCAUAGUCGUGGAGAUGGUAUUCGUGAAGUUUAUUGUGGAGACAGUCCCGAUGUCCACGUGGACGCGGGUAUAUUACAACAACGCCCUUUCUAUACCCAUGGCUAUAUUAUCGUCUGUCGUGGCAGGGGGCUCUGUCCUGUUCGCCACGACUCUAACACCUGGUGCCAUAUGUGCCGUCGGUCUGUCAUGCAUAGUGGGAGUGGCUAUAUCCUAUGCUGGGUUCAACUUGCGCAGUCUGGUGUCCGCCACGAGUUUCACUGUCGUUGGGGUCGUUUGCAAGAUCUUCACCGUGUUAUUGAACGACAUGAUCUGGACACAGCACUCGAACGCGACUGGGCACCUCGGCCUGCUCAUCUGCAUCGCGGGCGGCUUCGCGUACGAACGUGUAAAGGCAGGGAAGUAGUACGGGCGGACGGGCGCUUCCAGCCUCCUCUCUCGAUGAACCCUUUGCCCCGCCAUUCGCCACCUCCCUGCCCGCUUCCCCCUUCCCCUCCUGCCCGCGCCGCCCAGAACCGCGCGGGAGGCCCGGCCCGCCCAACAAGACGGACGCCUCUGGUUGCCGUGUUGGUUCAGGACGUGACUCUGCGGGAUGGCCCUGCCCCGUGUCGACACGGAUACAGCAGGCCCGCGGCAGCUUCGCACUAUGCCAGUGAGUUCGUGGCGGGGCAGCAUCCCUCCGCUUCGUGGUGGUACGGCGGGCGCGUCAUCCUGACCACGAUUCUUUCGGACAGGGGAUGGCUUCCUUCAACCAGGAGUUCCUGCAUGACCGUGGGCCCGUGGCGCGUUCGUCUCUCGAGAGAGUGGCCGCUCCGCGCGGCGAAAGGCAGUGCGCGCAGGGACU